AGCGCUGCAAUGACGUCAGCCUCCCUCUGGGCUCUGGGCUUCUUUGGCUCCUUCUGGUGGACAGAGGCAGCAUUGCAGUGCCAUCCAUUAAUCCUUCCAUCCAUCCAGCUUUGCUCAGAUGGGAAAACUUUAAAUUUGUUGGAUUUUUUUCAUUUUAAACUCGUAGUGAUGCAUGUUUGUAUAUUUAUUAGGUAUACCUUUUCAGUAUGUAGUUGCUGUGUGAUGAAUUUAGUGUUCUUUGUAAGAUGACACCGUGAGUCAGGCUGUUAUAUUGAGUAAUGGCUUGCAAUUUCCAAUGGGUUGACAAGCUCGUGGUAAGUUUUUUCAUAGCUCGUGAUUGUCUUUUGUCAAAUAAAGCUGCCUUGUAUGCACGCACUCGUACGCGCCACAGUAUGCCAUUUUAUGACAUGGACAUCUGCGUCUUAUAGUCCAGUGAGGCUUAUAUAUGUACAAGUCUGGUUUUUCCUCUAAAUUUACUUAUACAACGGAAUUGUUUUGUCCUGACACAGACGCUGAGGAGUUUUCAUCCACUUGCUCUCUUUCUUCCUCUGCUGACUUGUCUUUGUCUGGGUUGUCAUGACAACGUAUAAAAGUAUUUUUUUUAAGAGGGAGUGAGAACUCUGAUGACAGUUUGAUGAUGGAGACCUGAGAUCUGACAGGACUCACAAAGGCCAAGAGAUUCUAGAAGCUUUUACCCGACAGCUUGCUGUGACCUCUGUGGCCUGUUGAGGGCGCUGUCACAGUCUCCUGAGUGUACCAUGCCAACAUGUCAUGUGAUCAAGCAGACAUACACGUGUGUGUGCAUGUGGGUGCGUGUGCGUGUGUGUAGAAGAGAGGUGUUGAUGGCUGUUAAUGAUAUUGAUGCUGAUAGCAUCACUCCGUAUGAAUGUUUCAUGAUGAAGAUCAGCAUUCAGUGCUUGUUCUCUGCAGCUUUCAUCAAGGUGACUUGAAGAGGAACUUUGUUUGGAAGAAGAUGAAGGUGAUGCAGGUGAGGAGGAGCAGCCAUGUUGGCAUCCUCUGCCCCCCCAUCUCUCCUCCUUCUCUUCCUCUUCCUACCGACACCCCUCACGGCCUCAGACUCCUCGGUGCGAUGGGUGAACCUGCGUGGCGCCCCCCUCUGUCACCUGCUGCUGGAUGCUCAGGCAGGGCUUCUGUACGUGGGUGGGGUGGACCACUUGUACCAGCUGACCUCUGACCUGCAGCUGAUGUCCCAUGUGAAGACCGGCCCUCACCUGGACUCAGUUGACUGUGUUCCCCCGAUCUCCCUGAAGGACUGCCCCUCAGCCAAGCCCACCAGCAACCACAACAAGCUGCUGCUACUAGAAGCUGGGCAGGGCACAGAACCUGGCAGUCUGAUAGUCUGUGGCUCGCUCUACUACGGCAUCUGUGAAAAAAGGAGUCUGUCCAACAUUUCCCAGCUGGUCUACCAGUCGUCGAACCCCUUGGACAAUCAGUUCGUUGCCGCAAAUGACCCCUUUGUCUCCACCGUGGGCAUUGUGCUCACCACGGGGGGCGGAGCCAGUGGACAGACGCUGCGUUUCAUGCUGGUGGGGCGGGGCUAUACCAGCAAGGGUUUCCCAUUCGACAUCCCGCCCAUCACGACACGCCGUCUCUACCCGGUUGUGCCUCCUCACCGCGCCUUCGUUCAGGAGGAGGAGCUUGGCAGACUGUUCAUCGGCAGCUACUCCAAGUACGACACCCACUUCAUUAAAGUGGUCGCCCUCGACGACCACGUCUACUUUCUCUUCUCACGGGUGGCAGAGCGCUAUAGGGCAGAGUACCGUACCUAUGUCUCCCGCCUCUGCAUCUCUGACCGCAAGUUCUACUCGUAUGUGGAAGUGCCACUGCUCUGCCAUGGGGGCUACAACCUGGCCAGGGGGGCGUGGCUCGGGCGUCGCUCAGGGAAGCCCGCACUCUUCGUUACCAUGACGGCGGGGUGGGCAUCUACAUCCAUGGCGACAGAUAACUCAGCUCUGUGCGUUUACGGUAUGGCAGAGCUGGACGCCAUGAUAAAGGCAGCGAAGGAGUCAUGCUACACCAGAGGAGGGCACGGGGUCAAAGGGCAGGAAGAGGCCUACAUCGCAUACAGCCGAUCGUAUAAUUGUCUCAAUCUCCCCAAGGCGUCCGUCUCCCAGUGUCCGUGUGGGUGUGAGCACACGCCCAAUCCCAUCGCCAGCGUCAAUUCUCUUGUAGCCACACCUGCCUUCACCGCCACCACCCAGCUGACUGCCGUCGCCACAACAACAGAGACUGGACACACGGUGGCGUUUGUGGGGGACCGUGAGGGACGACUGCACAAGGUUCUGGUACGGUCAGACGGGUCAGGCGAGGUAUACGGGAGUGUGCUGGUGGACAGUGGCAGUCCGGUCAGCACAGACCUCCUAUUGGACGCCAGCCAGCAGAACCUCUUUGUGCUCACCAGUAACAGGCUGUCCAAAGUUCCUGUGUCAUCAUGUCAGACCAACACAGACUGCCAGUCCUGUCUGGCCACCAAGGACCUGUACUGUGGCUGGUGUGUCCUGGAGGGAAGAUGUUCCCGUCAACACGAGUGUGAGCGCCACCUUCAGGCCAACCACUGGAUCUGGAGCUUCGACUCGUCGAAGCAGUGCAUGAUAGUGCAGAGCGUGCAGCCCGCCAAUCAGAGCAAAGAUGAGCAGACUCAGGUAACACUGUCGCUGGCCCAGCUUCCCGUCCUCUCGGCGACAGAGUCUCUCUCCUGUGUCUUUAAUCAUCUCCCACCUCAGCCAGCCUUCAUCACCGGGAUCAGCAUCACCUGUCAAUCACCUGCGCCUGAACUCCUCCCACCGCUGCCCACAGGAAGUGAUCACAUGAUUCUGCCUGUGCUGCUGACGUUUGGUCACGUGACCAUCACAACAGCCAACAUGACCUUCUAUGACUGUGGAGCCGUCAGCCGCCUCAAUCAAACCUCCCAGUGUCUAGCGUGUGUUGACAGCAUGUGGAAGUGUAACUGGUGUCCUCUGGACCAACAAUGUACUCACAGAGACACCUGUCCUAACCAACACAUCAUCCUCAACCAGAGAGAGUCUCCGGGUCCAGGUCAGUGUCCUCUGGUCUUCGGUCUUCAGAGUUCCGCCUUAGUUCCCGUGGGCUUGACGAGCAGAGUGGUUCUGAAGGCUCAGAACCUGCACGUCUACAAGGACGAGGCUCAGUAUGUGUGUGUGGUGGACAUCGAGGGUGUCCAAGUCAACCUAACAGCAGAUGUCCAGAAAACACACGACAACACACACACUUUCACCUGCAGCCCCCACCAGUUUGACUACGCUGUCAGUCAGCUGGUUUAUUCAGCAGCCAUCUUCCUGAGGACAGGAACCAGACGCAUCGAUGCUUUACCUGGUCUUCAAUUGCAGUUGUACAACUGCUCAGUUGGCCAGUCAGAUUGUUCUCAGUGUUGGGUGGUCCCUAAGGAGUACGGCUGUGUAUGGUGCACAGGAAGCACGGCCCCGAGCUGUGUCUACAACCAAACCUGCAACGGCAUUCCCGCAGACACAUGCCCACCCCCUGAGAUCACGCAGGUGCACCCCUUGUCUGGUCCUCUGGAGGGCGGAGUGUUGGUGACCAUUAGUGGCUCCAACCUGGGAAUGAGCUACCACGAUGUGGUGGGUGGAGUCACAGUGGCAGGUGUGCAGUGCCCUCUCCAACCUGAAGAGUACAAAAUAUCCACCAGGGUUGUGUGUAUGCUGCAGGCCAGCCAGAAGCAGAGGGCAGGGCCUGUCCUCGUUACCACAGGAAAAGGCCCACCAGGAACGUCCGCCAUGAACUUCAACUAUCAGGACCCACGCAUUCUGAGUCUACUUCCUGACAAAGGUCCACUUUCUGGAGGGACCAGGUUGACAAUCAAAGGACGACAGCUGUCGACGGGCCAGACGUCCCACCUGAAUGUCUUCCUGGGAACACAACCCUGCUACAUAGUGGAGGAGGUCAGCGACAGUCAGCUGGUUUGUCAGACUCUUGCCAGAAAUCAAACCGGCAAAGUUCCAAUUCGGGUUUUGUUCAGUAAGGCGGAGCGUUCCAUUCCCAAUGUGACGUUCCGCUAUGUGGAUGACCCUGUCAUUACGGAUGCCUCGCCCGCAGAGAGUUUCUAUGCAGGGGGGCGGGUCAUCUUGGUAAGUGGCAGAAAUCUUGAUGUGGUGCAACAGCCAAUCAUGUCCGUGUGGGUGGAGCCUGUGGACGUACAGAGGGUGAGACGUAGAAAACGACUGGCUCUUCUCAGUGCCAGACAGCAGGUGGUCGUCAACACCAUGGAGACGGUGUCCGAGCACUGCUCUGUCCUGUCUCCCUCUCAGAUGACCUGCCCGACCCCAUCAGUCCCCCCAGAGGUCAAAGUGAAGGGUGUCUGGUUCCAGAUGGACAACGUGCGAGUCCGUUAUGAGAGCAUCAAGGGCAAAAGAUUCACGUACCAUCCCAAUCCUCGGCUCUUCCCUCUCAACCGAGAAGCUCCAGACGCUCCAUAUUACUUUAAAGCUGGCGGCGUGCUCGCUGUGGAGGGCGAGGACUUGACACGCGCAAUGUCCAGACAAGAGGUGACAGUUCUGCUGGGAGACCAGGAAUGUGAGGUAAAGACAUUGGACAGCACUCACCUGUACUGUGAGCCUCCUGAGGUCCAGCCAAUGAGUGUGGACGACAGCAGCAGGCUGCCUCGCCUCCAAGUGCUGAUGGGACACCUGCAGGUGGACUUGGGAAUGGUUCAGUACGAUAGCGACCUUCUGAUGCUUCCCAUCCCAUUAGCUGCUCAGAUCAGUUUGGGGGCGGGAGCGGCUGUCAUCCUCCUGUCAGUACUCGUCGUGAUCCUCAUGUACAGGAGGAAGAGCAAGCAAGCCCUCAGAGACUACAAGAAGGUUCUGUUACAGUUGGAAACGUUGGAGAUCAAUGUGGGCGAUCAAUGUCGCAAAGAAUUCACAGACCUGAUGACGGAAAUGAUGGACCUGAGCAGCGACGUGGGAGGACCAGGUCUUCCCCUGCUGGACUAUCGCACAUACGCAGAGAGAGUUUUCUUCCCAGGCCACCAGGCGGCGCCUCUGAGUCGGCACCUGGACCUACCAGAGUUCAGGAGACAGACGGUGGAACAGGGUCUCCAGCAGCUGAACAACCUGCUCAACAAUAGGCUCUUCCUAACCAGGUUUAUCCACACGCUAGAGGCCCAGCAGGGCUUCUCCCAGCGUGACCGCGGUUACGUGGCCAGUCUGCUGACCAUGGCGCUGCAUGACAAGCUGGAAUACUUCACCGAAGUCAUGAAGAGUUUACUGCAGGAUCUGGUCCAGCAGUACGUUGCCAAGAACCCCAAACUCAUGCUAAGAAGGACAGAGACGGUUGUCGAGAAGAUGUUGACAAACUGGAUGUCCAUCUGUCUCUACUCCUUCCUCAAGGAGGUGGCAGGCGAGCCCCUCUACAUGCUGUACAGGGCCAUAAAGUAUCAGGUGGACAAAGGUCCAGUGGAUGCAGUGACAGGAAAAGCUAAGAGGACGCUCAAUGACAGCCACCUGCUUCGUGAGGACAUCGACUACUGUGCUGUGACUCUGACAGUGCUGGUGAAGAAUGGCGCUGAAGUUCAACCUUGUCCCGUCAAAGUGCUCGACACGGACACCAUCACACAGGUGAAGGACAAGAUCCUGGACCAGGUCUACAGAGGAGCUGCUUUCUCUCAAAGACCAGCGGCUGACAACUUGGAUUUAGAGUGGCGUUCUGGUCAGGCGGGUCACCUGACGCUGUCGGACGAUGAUGUCACAGCCGUGGUUCAAGGUCGCUGGAAAAGACUCAACACGUUGCAGCACUACAAGGUUCCAGACGGAGCUACGGUUGCUCUCGUCCCACGGUCCCAGAGUUCCAGUGGCACUCGUGUCAACCAGGUGUUUCAGACUGGAGAAAAAACGCCGAUGCUGGAGAGUGAAGAAGAGGAGGGCCUUCGACUGUGGCAUCUGGUGAAAAGCAGUGAAGACUCCGAAAUUCCCAAACACAGAAAGAGCAGCAUGAGGGAGAGAGAGAGGGCAAAGGCUAUACCUGAGAUAUACCUGACCAGACUGUUGUCCAUGAAGGGGACACUGCAGAAAUUUGUGGACGACGUCUUUGUGGCCAUCCUGAGCACCAAGCGUCCUCCUCCCAUCGCUGUCAGGUUUUUCUUUGACUUCCUGGACGACAUGGCGGAAAAACAUGGUAUCGAUGACCCAGAGACUGUUCACAUCUGGAAGACCAACAGCUUGCCUCUCAGGUUCUGGGUAAACAUCCUGAAGAACCCUCAGUUCGUUUUGGACGUCCAGGUCACAGACAGCAUUGAUGCUGUCCUGUCCGUCAUUGCUCAGACCUUUAUUGACUCAUGCACCACGUCAGAGCACAAAGUGGGACGGGACUCUCCGGUCAACAAGCUGCUCUAUGCCAGAGAAAUCCCUCGAUACAAACAGUUGGUGGAGAGGUACUACAGUGACAUCCACAGUGCUGCGUCUGGAUGCUACCAGGAGAUGAACUCCACUCUCACUGAACUGUCUGGGAGCUUUGCUUCUGAGAUGAACAGUCUUGUUGCACUUCAUGAACUCUACAAGUACAUCAACAAAUACUAUGACCAGGUCAUCAUGUCUCUGGAGGAGGACAAUUCUGGUCAGAAGAUGCAGUUGGCCUAUCGACUGCAGCAGGUCGCUGCCCUGGUAGAGAACAAGGUUACGGACCUCUGAUGACCUGCGACCCCCAUCACAUAGAAACUCAAGGAACACUUCCUGUUGGCGAGCAUCAGGGCCUCUGAGAGACACUGGAAACACAACACUUUGCGCACGUGUGUGUGUGUGUGUGUGUGUGUGUGUGUGUGUGUGUGCGUGCGUGGAUGAAGGCAAAGGUCCACUAUGACAAUCUAACUUGCACUUACAGUCCUCAUCACAAAGCACAAGUGGUCACAUGUUGAUCAAUCAAUCAAUCAUCUUCAAACCACGACUUGAUUGAUAACACUAUCAGGGAUUGGAAUCAUCUUUUCAGUCCGAUCCAAUUUCUUGACGUUUUCACUCUAAAUGUCUUCUGGUCCAGCAGUGGACAUGUUAACAUGGAAACAUUUUAGUGCUUUGUUUUAGAGAUUUUUGUUGUGUAUGAUUGACACAUGCAGGGCCAAUGAGGAAGCCUGGUGGCACGCAAGCUCCACCUCCAGUCAGCUGUGCGUAUAUGUGUGUUACUAACUUAUUGAGUGUACAUACUGUAAGCCCUAUUUAAAGCUAUUUAUUCCAGCUGUGCCUUCACUCUUGCAGCUAGGUGGCGCUGUGUGAGCUGACAGCAGCUUCAUGUUUAAACAGCAGGGAAAACAAGAGUGACAACACAACUCAGAGGCUGCGCUGUUAGCGCGUUUAGCGAGCUAACGUUACGAUAAACAGAGCUAACGUUGGCCUGGUGACAGAAUGUAGAGGCCGUGAUGGAGACAAUACAAGCACAUAUUUGUUAGCAAGCUAACAUGACAAGUGUUGGCUUGAAUAAGACUAUGCUAGCUACAAAGAUGUUUUUAUGGGUUUUAAAUGUGUAAUACAACUAAAACAGCUCCAUCUUUUUGCAUGUUAGCAAUGUAAAUUCCAUUUACAUAUGACAUGCUAUAAUCUCGUUGUUUUAGCUGCGUGAUGCUACAAGCACAUCCAGCACUAUAUGCUAGCUUUUUGAACUACUUCGCUAACGUGACAUGCAUGUUUUUUUUAUUAUCAACCAGCUGGCAUGACUGAAGCCAAAAUGACCUACACAAUGUACAGUAGAUGAGACAACAGGAAAAAAGCAAUAAUAAUAAUAAUGAGCACAUGGCUGUCUUAUAUGAUUGCUAAUUACAAGUACAUGAUAGUGUUCCCAGCUGACUUCACCAGUGUUUAUUAAUGUACAUAUUCUUAUUAUUAUGCAUCUUUUUAUGAACAAAACAGCUCAUAAGAUAAAAGAUAAAACAUUUAAAUGGACAGUCCGAACUAGCUAACAGAAGGUUCCUUCUUCUUCUUCUGCUAUGUUGCUCUUCCUUACAGACUUUUCUGUCUUUGCCUGCUUUGUCUUUGUGGAUUUCUUAUAGAUUUUGCAUGCGUGUGAAGAUGAUGAAGAAUUAUGGUGCUUCUUCCAAGAUAUUUUGGUCGGGAAAGAUGAUGAUGAUGUGUAACAGGAGUUUUGAGCUUUGACACUGCUGAUCUUUGUACAGUUUUUUGGAUGAAAUGAUUGUCUUUGUUACUUUUUCUACAAGGGACAAAAAAGAAGUGCAGGAUUAGUGUAAUCUUUUCUACUGAUUGUGCGAAUGUGAUGUAAAUAAUGAGAACGCUGAGAAUGAUGAUAGUGAUGUUUUUUUUAAGAAAGGCCAAACACUUUGUAACAUGACGAAAAAAUUAAAGUCUAAUUU